CAGCACUUACUGUACCAGGCAGAGAGAGAGAGGGCCAGUAGACUACAGGGUGUUUCAGCCUGUGUUGCCAUAAGCUGAGUAGUCGCUCAAGCAAGCGUGUGCUGCGUCUGCUCCCUUGUCGCGUCUCUGCAAUACAGCCCGCUCUUUGGUGGCGUCAUCACAUGGACAUAGUGGGAAUACUGGGGAAAAUAAUGGAGGGCAAUGCUGACAUUACCAUCAGGUGACUUGGGAUUGCUCCUUGUUUGAGGGUUUUUUUUUCUUCUUCUUGGACAUUUUUUUCUGACAUGGACACAUUCCUUUAUAACAUCAUGUGAGGAAGAUUUGUUGUUAGUCAAAUAAGGAACUACAAAGCUACACGCAGAUGGACUCCGCUUUUUGGAGAGCUUAGCCAACUCCCCUGCUGAGAUCUAACAGGAGGAGCUACCAUCCGGACACACGCUUCUUUAAUAAAGUGAAGGCUGAGGUAACAGAACUAUUUGAUCACAUGUGAGUGGUAAGCUUGUCGUGACCCGAAGCGGGGUUUCAUCCCUGCGCCAGAAGCCGUCCUCACAAGUGAAGCAAGGGUGAAGAUGCCAGCCAUCCUGGUGGCCUCAAACAUGAAGUCAGGACUCCCCAAACCCGUACACAGCGCACUGCCGAUCCCUCAAGUCAGCAGCAGACCACCAGCUUCCACUCUGCCUGCUGCACCUGUGAAGACGCACAUCCCCUCUCUAAGCCAGCAGGUUGGCUCAGGACGUCCGAGAGGCUCUGUGUUGGGGUCAGAGAUCAGGAGAAACGCUCAGAUCUACACUGACUGGGCCAACCACUACCUUGCCAAGUCAGGACACAAGCGUCUGAUCAAGGACCUGCAGACGGAUGUUGCAGAUGGAGUGCUCCUGGCUGAAAUCAUCCAGGUUGUAGCCAAUGAGAAGAUCGAUGACAUCAAUGGCUGCCCCAAGAGCCGCUCUCAGAUGAUUGAGAACAUUGACGUGUGCCUCAGUUUCCUGGCAGCCAAAGGGGUCAACAUUCAGGGACUGUCUGCAGAGGAGAUCCGGAAUGGCAAUCUAAAAGCCAUCCUUGGCCUCUUCUUCAGCCUGUCCCGCUACAAACAGCAGCAGCAGCAGUCCCAGCGGCAGCACCCCCAACCCGGCCUCUCCCCUACACCCCAGCCUCGGAGCGCUCACCCUCCCCUGAGCCAGCAGAGCAGUGCUCCAGCUCAGCUCAGCCAGUCUACGCAUGGGACUCCUGCCCCCGCAGCCCAAAAAGCAGCACAGGCCGAGAUGCAGUCCAGGAUUGGCUCUCAGAGUAAACUACUCAAGUUUUCCCUCGGUCAGAAAAAGACCUCUAGACUUCCUGGCCCUACGGCGAGGGUGUCCACUGCAGGCGGUGACAUCACUCCGAGAGGCUCGCUCAGCGGUGCUGGGAACAGACGCAGCCAGGCCUUCAGUGACAAGACCAAAGCCAACUCACAGUUGAACAAAGAUUCCUCAGAAGGCAUGACCUCACAGCCUUCGCUGACAACGAAUGAGAAUGUGGUGUCGUCUGCAGUGACCAUCAACUCCUCCACCAGCAUCCCUGCCACUACCUCUGCCCUGAUUCUGACCACAUCUUCCUCGUCCUCUUCCUCACCCUCCACGGCCAUCCCCCACCCCAACAGCAACAACAAGCCUUGGAGGAGCAAGUCGGUGAGCUCCAAGCACACCUCUCAAGCUCCCACCUCCACUAGCAGCCCCACGUCUGCCAUGCAAUCAACCAAACAGGAGACCUCCUGUAAGGCUGCUGUGGGAUCGGAAGCUCCUCCUAAGGCUGUCACGCAAAAGUCAAUGCUCGAGAAGCUUAAGCUCUUUAACAGCAAAGGAAGCUCUAAAUCCUCCUCCUCAUCCAAUGGAGUAGGUGCACAAAAUGACAAUGCGGCACCCAGCGUGCAGGUGGAGAGGGCUGACACAGGCUCAAACACUGACCCUCUUGAAGAAGAUGACGGCAACCUCCGCCCGGGAAUGAAUGGAACCACUAAUGGAGCUGCUUCCACAGCAGGUAGUAAUGUUGCCACUACUGCCAGCAGCCCCAAGAUUGCCUUGAGAGGCAUAGCCCAGCGCACUUUCAGCAGAGCUCUGACAGCCAAAAAGAGCUCUGUCAAAGGCCCUGAGAAAGACAAGGAGAGGGGGAAGGAGAAAGAAAAAGGGAAGGAAGUGGGAAAACGUCUGUCCAUGCAGGACAGGACAGAACUCAGGGGAGAGGAGCCAAAAGAGGAAAUAGCACCUGUUGGUGGAGACAUGGAAAGCUCAAACAAAAAGACCUCGAAAAUUGCCAGCUUCAUUCCCAAAGGGGGAAAAACGGCCAAAAAGGACAGUUCCACCCCUGCACACAGUGGAAUACCAAAGCCAGGAGGCAAAAUCCCACUUGGGGGUAAAGCCUCUUCAGUGGGGACGAAGGAGGCCGGGGAGAGACCACGAAGCAUGAGGCUAGGUGGGGGUCUGGCCAUGCACCGAGGUCCGUCAGAAAAGGACAGCAAACACUCCAGCACUACCUCCAGCCUGCAUCCCACAGAGGGGAAGUCUAGCUCUGCCACUGUGGCCGGAGGAGGCAACACACAGAGCACAGCCAGCAACACAGUCAGCGUGCAGCUACCUCAGAACCAACAGCAUCACAGCCACCCCAACAUGGCCACCGUCGCACCUUUCAUGUACAGAUCUCAAACCGAGUGCGAGGGAGUUGUGAGCAGCGAGUCCAGCUCAGGAGGCAGAGGUGGGGACGUUACCUUCAGCAAGACCAACCAGCCCUCUACUGAGGACCUCUCGGGUGAAGACCCGGAGACAAGGCGGUUGCGGACUGUUAAAAACAUUGCAGAUCUGCGCCAGAACCUGGAGGAGACCAUGUCCAGUCUGCGAGGAACUCAGGUCACACACAGCACCUUGGAAACCACUUUUGAUGGCAGCGUCACGACAGAUAUCAGCAGUGGCAGCAACAACAGUGGAGGUGGACGAAGUAUCCUCAGUCUCACCUCUACCCGGCCCUCCUUGUCAUCAUGGAGAUUGGGCCAGUCUAGCCCUCGUCUUCAAGCGGGUGACGCCCCCUCUGUGGGGAAUGGCUAUGCGGGUCGGGUGGCAGGCGGCCAAGCAGGUCGCUACUUGUACCCUGGGCACCUCAGACGACAGCUGGCUGGCAGGAGUGGAGGCCUCUGUAGCGUGGAGCUUGGAGACAGACCCGGGGAGGACGUGGACCUUGAUGGGAUAGCAAUGGAGGUCACCGGCUACAUGAGCGAUGGAGAUGUUCUGAACAAGAAUGCUGCACGCACGGAUGAUGUCGCCAGUGGCUAUAUGACUGAUGGUGGUUUGGGUCUGUACACACGGCGCUUGAACCGGCUGCCAGACAACAUGUCUGCUGUUCGAGAGACACUGCAUCGAAACACAUCGUCAGGACAGGGAGAUGCUGACAGUUGGGAUGACAGCAGCUCGGUGAGCAGUGGCAUCAGCGACAACAUCGACACGGACGACAUCAACACCAGCUCGUCCAUCUCCUCAUACGCCAACACACCUGCAGCCCAGCGCAAAGGCUUAAGCACACAGCCUGUGACAGAUGCGGAGAAGCACUCGGCCUCCACAGUGGUCCACCAGGCCUGGACAGGAGACGAGGUGAAGAGGCCAGACAGAGGGUCAGACAGCGGGGUCAAAAUGGAGCCGGGCUCCAAAUGGAGCCGCCGAAACACUUCUGACAUCUCAGAUGAGUCAGACAAGGGCGGAUCAGGGAGAAAGACCCCCUCUGUGUCCCACACGGGGUCCUGGAGGAGAGGCAUGAGCACUCAGGUGGGGGUGACAUCCCCUCGGACCAAAAGCAGCAGUAGCACAGGCUCCACAAGCUCAGUCACCCUCAAAACCCACAGUUCAGGUAAAACUGAUGAUGUCAAGGUGUCAGAGAAGGGACAUCUUUCUCCACGUUCAAAUGGCCUACACCGGUCGCCCUCUGAUGCUGGGCGCAGCAGUGGGGAUGAGACGAAGAAGCAACCAAUCUCCACUAGUCACACAGCGACAGCCAACUCCCUCACACACACUGUGUCUGACCACCAGACGCAUGCUUCCCGCACCCCAACUAGCACAUUUGGUUUCAAGAAGCAGGGUCAUGGCAUGGUAACCAUGGUGACCGCCAGCGGGGCCACCAUCACCAGUGGUUCAGCCACCCUGGGGAAAAUUCCUAAAUCUGGGGCACGCUCACUAGCAGGAUUGAAGGCAGGUGUGCAGGAUGGGGUGUUGCUGCUGGGCCACCACGAUGAUGGCUUCCUGCCCGUGAGUGCCCGCUCUACACUCCAGUAUCGCAGCCUCCCAAGGCCUAGCCGCUCUGGGUCGGCAGCCCGCAAUGGAAACCGCUCCUCCACCAGCAGCAUUGAGGUCGCCGUGCUCUCAAUCACAUCACAUGGGAAAAAUGCAAUCAGCAUACCCAAGGCCAAUGACUCAGCCGGUCUGAUGGCUAAUCAGACCGAUCGAGAAAAGGGCGUCUCAGAGAUUGACAACUUCAGGAGCGGAGGAGCAGCAACUGUUCCUCUAACAGGGAGACAGCAGGUUUCAUCGCCCACAUUACGCAGGUUGUUUGGUGGAAAGACCAACAAACAGGGUCCAAUCACCACCGCUGAGAACAUGAAGAACUCCACUGUUAUCUCCAACCCCCACGCUACCAUGAAUCAUGUGACCACAGUAGUCGAGUCCCCCGAUGGAGGAGUGGGAUGCGUUGACAGUGAGACCAUCAGCCCCAUGUUUGGGGGCAGAGUGACAGGAUCCGGCACAGGGACACUCGGUAGCGAGCAGGCCUCCAGUCCCGGCUCGGUCUACUCCUCAACGGGGCCCUCUAACAGUCUAACAUGGGGUACAACAUUCAGCGGUUCCUCUGCCCAGAGCAGGGAAAGCACACUGGGUGGGCACGGAGGUACAGGCAGCAUGGGCUACCCUUCUGUCAGCAGCAUGCACACAAGCAGCGAGUCCAUUGACAUGAGCCUGGGGAGCGCUGGUGGAGGAGGCCAUGGGACACACAGAGAGGACACCUUGUCCGCCCUGGGUCGCACUGGCAGCAUCAAGACGGGCAUGUCGGAAAGCCCCCUCUCCUCCCCCUCUGCUAGCCCUAAAUUCAGCCGAAACACUCUACCUCGGAAACAGGACAGUGGGCCUCUUUAUGGCAGAAACACUCUGCCUAAGAAGGGACUCAGGUAUGGCCCACCCUCUCAGCUGCGAAGCCAUGAGGAGGCCCGUGAUUGGCUACGGUCCCACUCCACCAGCGGGCUGCAGGAGUCAGCCAGUAAUUCGCCCUUUUCCCCUGGAUCCAGCCUUACCUCCCCCUCCGGCACUCGCUUCAACUUUGGACAGCUCGCAUCCAGCCCGACUUCCACAGCCCAGAUCAGUCUGACGGGCCUGCGUAACAACAGCCUGACCAACCAGGAUGUCACCUUUGACCCUUGCAGCGACAACCGCCUGAGAAACUCCUGCAUGUCCCUUGAUGAAAAGACUCGCACCAUGAGCAGAUCAGGCUCAUUCCGGGAUGGCUUUGAGGAAGUUCAUGGCUCGUCUCUCUCUCUGGUCUCCAGCACCUCCUCCAUGUACUCCACGAACGAGGAGAAGUCGCAGUCUGAGAUCCGCAAGUUACGCCGGGAGCUGGAUGCCUCCCAGGAGAAGGUUUCGGCACUAACAACACAGUUGAGCGCUAACGCUCACCUGGUGGCAGCGUUUGAGCAGAGUCUGGGCAACAUGACCAUCAGGCUGAAGAGUCUCACCCUGACUGCUGAGCAGAAGGACUCUGAGCUGAAUGAGCUGAGGAAGACUAUUGAGCUGCUGAAGAAGCAGAACGCUGUGGCGCAAGCCGCCAUCAAUGGGGUCAUCAACACACCUGAGCUCACGCCUAAAAUGGACAAGACAGGUACAAUCCUAUGUCUGGUAAAAGCUGGGAGUAACGGCAGCCUCCACCACCAGCAGCAGCAACAACAACCAGACCUGCGCAUCAGAAGGCAACACUCCUCUGACAGUGUCAGCAGUGUGGCCAGCGCCACCAGCCACUCUAGCGUGGGCUCCAACAUGGACGUAGAUGCUAAAAAUAAGAAGAAAAACAAGAAGAAUUGGCUGCGAAGCUCCUUCAAACAGGCGUUCAGCAAAAAGAAAUCUCCCAAAUCAGCUUCAUCCCACUCUGAUAUUGAGGAGAUGACCGAUUCUUCGCUGCCCUCCUCCCCUAAACUGUCUCACAAUGGCACUACUGCUACCAGCCACAUGCUCAGGAACACACACUCCAACACACUGUUGUCCGAAUGUUUGGACAGUGAGGCGGAGACAGUGAUGCAGCUUCGGAGCGAGCUCCGGGAAAAGGAGAUGAAACUGACUGAUAUCCGCUUGGAAGCGCUCAGCUCCGCGCAUCAGCUGGACCAACUCAGAGAGGCUAUGAACCGCAUGCAGCUGGAGAUUGAGAAGCUCAAGGCAGAGAAUGACCGUUUGAAGCUGGAGAAUCAGGGCAGCAGGACGGGCUCUCAGGUCUCCAUCUCCUCCUCACCUCCCCCUCACACACACGGCCAGGCGCCGGGGCCCAAUGUGGAGCUCUCCCAGCACAGCCUGAACCUUGCCACCAGCGAGUCCACCAGUCUGGACAUGCUGUUGGACGACACGUGUGGAGAGGGGGGAAUGAGGAAAGAGGGUCGUCUCGUAAAGAUCAUUGUCAGCCUUGAUGAGGACUGUUUGUGGGGGGAGGACGCUCGGUCUCGUAACUUUCUGAUAGGGUGCAUCGGUGUCAGUGGUAAAACCAAAUGGGAUGUGUUGGAUGGAGUGGUCCGGCGCCUCUUCAAGGAGUAUAUCACCCACGUGGAUCCAGUGAGCCAGCUUGGCCUAAACUCAGACUGUGUGGAGGGAUACUACAUUGGAGAAAUCCACCGGCCCCGGAGCCCCAGUGCCGCUCACACACCCGAGCUGCUACCUUGUGGCUACCUGGUGGGAGACAGCAACACCAUCAACAUCCAACUGAAAGGCGUGAGCAGUGAUAGUGUGGACUCGCUGGUGUUUGACACUUUGAUCCCAAAGCCAAUGCUGCAGCGCUAUGUUUCUCUGCUGAGGGAGCACCGACGAGUCAUCCUGUCUGGACCCAGUGGCACAGGAAAGACUUAUCUGGCCAAUCAGCUGUCUCAACACUUGCUGCUUCAAGAGGGCCGACCUCUGACCCCGCAUGCAGUGGUCACUUUCAACGUGGACCACAAAUCCAGCAAGGAGCUUCGUCAGUACUUGUCAGGUUUAGCAGAGCAGUGCAGUGGUGUGGCAGGAAUGGAGAGCCCUCUGGUGGUUAUACUGGACAACCUGCACCACAUCAGCUCCCUGGGCGAGAUCUUCAACGGCCUCUUCAACUGCAGCCACCAGCACUGCCCAUAUAUCAUUGGCACAAUGAGUCAAGCUACGUCAUCUGCACCCAACUUGCAGCUUCACCACAACUUCAGGUGGGUGCUGUGCGCCAAUCACAUGGAGCCAGUUAAAGGCUUCUUGGGUCGCUACUUAAGGAGGAAGCUGAUUGAGAUGGAAAUAGGCAGUCGAACGCGCAACAUGGAGCUGGUGAAGAUCAUUGACUGGAUCCCAAGAGUUUGGCACCAUCUAAACCGCUUUCUGGAGAUGCACAGCUCCUCAGAUGUGACCAUAGGACCUCGUCUCUUUCUGUCCUGCCCCAUUGACGUGGAGGGAUCCAGGGUUUGGUUCACUGAUCUUUGGAAUUACUCUAUUAUCCCCUACAUGCUGGAAGCCAUACGAGAGGGAUUGCAGUUGUAUGGCCGCAGGGCUGCAUGGGAAGAUCCCGCCGCCUGGGUGAUUGACACCUAUCCAUGGUCGGCAACACCCACUCCAGCUGAUUGGCCCCCACUGCUGCAGUUGCGCCCGGAGGAUGUGGGAUUUGAUGGCUACUCUGCCCCAAGAGAAGGCAUCCGGAAAGAGCCGCUUCAGAGUGACAGUGACGCAGACCCACUGAUGAACAUGCUGAUGCGUCUGAAGGAGGCAGCGACGUCGUCAAGCCCCCAGAGCUACGACAGUGACUCCAACAGUAACAGCCACCAGGAUGACAUCUUGGACUCGUCGCUGGAGUCCACCCUGUGAUACAUUCAAGUUGCAAUGCUUGGGAGGACUGAUUUUCAUAGACUGCUCUCACUGUGAGAACUUGAGUAACAUGCCACAAAAUCCAGCCACCUUAAUAUUGGGUGCAGGCAACCCAAAUAUUUAUACAAGAAAAAGAAGAGACAUUUGCAUUUCAGAAGACAAAAAGGCAACAAAGGUUUCUGCUGCACUGCGUUGUUUUAUUUUUAUUAUUUAUUUGUUUUUCACCACUGUGGCCCGUGGCUCCUCUGUGAGGGAGCUUGACAUCAACAUGGACAGAAUAAAAGCGCACAGCCUGAUAGUGUGAGAGAUGUCAUCAAGUUCAGCAUCAGCCACCAGUAGCUAACCGCCUUCCAUCCUGUUACAUCUUCAUGCUGCAGUGUAAUCCACAGGCCUGCAGGUGGCGACACAGAUUCGCUUCCCUCCAAGAUUGUCUGCUUGGUUGCUGGAUGGUGAUGUGAGCCAAAUGUGCAUGUUCACUCCUGCGGCAGCUCUUUAUAGCACAUCAGUCACUGAGCUGGUGAAUGGCCUAGGAGCCACAUUUCCCAGCUUAUUUUUGUGUGCAUGAUGAUGGAUAUAUUCGCAAAGAAGGCAGCAAACACUGUAGCAUCAUUGGGAAAUCAAAACCCCUGGGGAACUUAAAUUGCCUUCAUAAUCCAUUUUAACUUCCUUUCUGUUCAUGUUCUACUUGUCAGCUGGGUUUUCCUGCCGUAUCGCUAUAGAGGAGGAUAACUCUGUGUUCCAACCCUCAAAUUACUGCAAAAGGUCCAUUUAAAUCCAUUUAACAUAGACUUGAAAGUUAAGAGGCUACAAAGUGGAACAUUUGGAUAGGUUUACUAUCAUGUCCUUUUGCAUGUCCUGUUUAGCAAUAAUGCCUUUACCUCUCCACAAGUUCUUGCUGUGACUCUUUCAUGUUCUCCAUGCACAUUGGCUCUAACAGGCUGUUGUAGCACACACAUAUCUGUUGGUGCUGGACUAAAUUCAAACAAACAAUGCCUUAUUGUUUUUUUUUUUAUAUUUUAAAUAAUGUGCUUUGGUCACUUCUUUCUUGGUGUCAAAGGCUGUAAAGAGGGCUUUGGGUCGACGCUCCCUCUAAAAAGUUAUUUCUGAGGAGAAGCGUUGACAUUUCAUCAGCAUCAAUGUUGUGUGAGUGAAGAGACGUGCGAGUGAAUGGGAACUUUAGCUUGAAGUAAAUUUGUGUUUGCAUGCAUGACAAGCUGGUGAGAAUAAAACAAGACCACUCGUAAGAAACCUAUACUGUAUAUAUAAAUAUGCUUCGGUGUUGCAAGUCAGAUGUGGAGUGAUUGUGUGAGAGGUCUGUUGCUUUUAUACCUCAUCUUUGAUCACACACUGUUCUGAUUAUUAUAGGAUGUACGAAACAAGCGGUAUCAUUGAUUGGAGGUUAAAGGUAUUAUUAUACUUGUGGUUGAACGGUAAAAUAGAAUAGUCAAACAUUAUGUGGUUUUAAAAAUACAGACUAUUGUACAUGUUGGAGCCUUUUGGGUUGGGCAGACAAGGGGGCGGCGGGUUCAUGUAGCCCAGCACAGCUUCAUCCCAAGUUCUGUUUUUGUCACCAAUUCUAUGCAACAUUCAUUGUAAUCGCCAAAAGCUGAAUGUGCGUUUAUCCCCACCAGCACUGCCCAGAGUGACAUAUACACAGCAUGGAACACUUCGCAGUCGUGUGACCCAUUUUUAUUGUGUGCGUUUGUUGGAACUUCUGUGUCUGGGUCCUUGGAAGCACAAUGAGACUGACUCGUGUUGAAGCAUUUAACUAGUUUGACUUACAAGCUCAAUGAAUGUUUAGCCUUCUUCGCUAUACAGUAUGUAACAUAACUUUGUAAAUAGUUAAUCUUUCAGCAUUUUUGGACUACACUUUUCUAGCUGAUUUGUUACAGUACUUGAAAAGGAGUAUUUUGUGUACAGUCUCUUUACAGAGCACAUUGGUGCCGUUUGUCUUUGAGAAUCUGAUAUCACUGUCCUAGUCUUAAGUUAUUGUGAUUCAAUUAAAAAAUA